AUGUCCGAAUACCCAGCGAAUCUUGUCGGAGGCCAACCGCCGGCUUUCCAGCCUACUUAUGGUGCUCCUCCAAAUCAACCGCGCCCCCAAGCCCAUCGCCCCACCCCGCGUGCACCAGCCGUAUUCGGCGAGCUGUCCCAGGAAAUCACGUGUGCUCACUGUGGAAAGACGGGCUUCACCCGCGUCGAGCGCGAGGCGGGCACCUGCGCCUGGGUCAGUGGAUGCCUGAUGUUCUGGUCGGCAUGCUUCUGUCCGUGCAGCUGCCUGCCCUGCUGCCUGGACACGUUCCUCGACGCCCACCACCACUGCUCCAAGUGCGGCCAGCUCGCCGGCGUGUACAAGAAGAUG